UUAAUUAUAUUUUUUAUUAACAUCUUGAACGCCAAAUUUGGGAUGGCAAAGGAUUUCUUGCGCUGAGAGGGGCAGCUUGGAAUUUCUUCGUUGCGAAGGGCUUCUUGACCUCGCGAUGGACGCGAAUUUUCUCAGAUGUGUACAAACGAGCGGUGUCUACAUCGGCGUCAUUAGCAAAUAGAGAUCGACGCGUAAGACAUUUGCAGUCGAGACGUUUCUCGCGUCAUAAAUAAUAUUUAUAGAUAUGCUAUAACGUAAGAAGAUCAAGAUAAAUCGAACACAUUAUAGAGCCGUUCUCGCCUCCGAUCGGUCGACAAUCGCCGUUUAUUUUUUAUUGUUGCGCGACAGCGUCUUGUCAAUACGUCAAACCUUUAUUUGCUUAAAACCGACAUAUGCGACGUAUCAUUCGUCUCAGUUUGAAAUAGGCACGUUAAUUUUGCCGCAAUAAUUUUAAUUAAUCAAGAUUUAGUUAAAUUUUAAUUCAACAUCAUUAAAUAAAUGCAAACAUAAAAUAAGCAGCUUUGGAUUACGCAGAGAGUCACAAUGUUAUAACUUAACAUAAUUUUGGCUAAGAAAAAAACUGACUUUGAAUCUCAGAAGCGCGGCACAGGCUCUCUCAUAUGACUUCAUAUGAUUUGCCGCUAAUUCUGAAGUACUUUGUACUGUUCCAUGAGCUUAUGCGACACGCUUAUGCAAAUUCGUGUGCGCGAUGCACUUAAACCGACACGAGUCACGAGAUGCCGAGGAAGUGUAAACUUCAGAGAGACACGCGUGGCGUUGUUUCACGCCGUAAAUCAUCCUUACGAGUGUAAAAAUCGAUCGCUAUUACGAUCAGCGAUCGACAGGUCGGCAGGAUAUAUGAUGUUCGACGCGAUACCAACUAAACGCAUUGUGCAACCGGCACUGCCGAAGGAAGGAAGGGUUUCAGUAGCUCGACAUCGAAGAAUUUUCCGAGUGGCUUCGACGGAACCGCGUCCUUAUCGUCGGACAGAUGAGUUGCAGCCGCAAUGACGACGUAGCGAUGUAAAUCGACAGGAAGACUUCUGACAGAUCGAAAGAUAUCGGGCCACACAGUGAUAACGUCGGCUGUAUAAGAGCCCGUCGUAAUCAAUAUAACGACAAUCGGAGUUCAAGGAACCAUAAAAAGGAGCCGUUCUUCGCGGCAGAGCUUUAGUGUGCUCGUGGCGAGCGACUCGCUCGAGCGGUUGUUAAUUUCACCUUUUGGACAAACCGAUGUCAAGAAUACGCGUUCGCGGCGUGCGCGCCGCUUCGACAAAGGUGUCAUGAUUACGUGAUUGGCGGGAAAUCAUCGUUCCAAUCAUUUUCACCGCCGGAUCAUCCCGCCAGACGUCAUCGUUUCGCACCGAUAACAUCCGAGAAUGUCCAAGAAGCAAUGGCUAGUUUUGCUGAUGUUGUUCUUGAUGUACUUAUUGUUGGGCGCUUUUAUCUUCUAUCAAAUCGAGAGAGAUAUCGAACACGAGAAGCUCGAGACGGCUAGGAAAGAACGCAAAGAGAUCAACGAUUUACUCGAGAAGCACUAUGUGCCCAGUGACAACUACACUGAGAUCCUGAAUAAGCUCAGCGAAUACUGCGGUAAGUCGGUCCACAAACCGGGGAACGAAACCGAGCACAACCAAUGGACCUUCUACAACAGCUUUUACUUCGCCUAUACGGUCGUCAGCACUAUCGGAUACGGCAAUCUGGCGCCGACAAACACGCUUAGUCGCAUCUUAAUGAUCUUCUAUGGUCUAGUGGGCAUCCCGAUGAAUGGGAUUUUGCUGACACAACUCGGUGAGUUCUUCAGUCAUGCGUUCAUCAAGGCCCAUCAGAAAUAUAAGUCCUAUAAGCACGGUCAAUCGUCGUCCGAUUAUUGCGACAAGAAGCCCUCGCCGUUCGAGACGUGCAAGGUCUGGCUGCGUCUGGCUGCGCAGAUCUUCAUGUACCUGACGCCCGGCUUCGUCAUGUUCAUCUUCUUCCCUGCGUUCCUGUUCAUGCAUUACGAGGGCUGGACUUACGACGAGUCAGUCUAUUACGCUUUCGUCACGCUCACGACCAUCGGUUUUGGUGAUCUCGUGGCGGGUCAGGAUUCGAACGGGAACGGCCCGUUUUUCAUCAUGUAUCAGAUAUUCCUGAUCUUUUGGAUCUCCUUCGGACUGGGCUACAUCGUCAUGAUAAUGACGUUCAUUGCUCGUGGUAUGCGCAGCAAAAAGAUCAUAAGGCUCGAACACAAACUGGCGAUGAAUCUCAAACACACGCAGAGCAAGAUUUGGAACGAGUUCAACAAAGAGGUCGACUACCUGCGUCGCGUUUUCAACGAGUUGCAGCUCUCUAAAGUUAAAAGAGUAUACGUUGACGAGUACGAUUAUGAUGUACCGCCGGCGAAACUGCCGCGCAGCAACAGUUUCCCGGACCUCCGAGAUUUGGCGAUCGGUGGAUUUGUGGACGAUUUCACGCCGCAUCCGCGACGACGAGCUAACAGUGAAGUGGUGCCGAUGUUUGAACUGACACGUGUGGUGUCCGAGACGGAUCUUCAAAGGAUAGACAAAAAUGCAACGUUCGCUGCGCACGCCAUGGUGCAACCGGCGGAGCUCCUGGCACGCUUGGUGAAUAUUCUCGGUUACAUCCCACCGCGGGAUGACUGGGACCAGAACGAGGAUCAGUCGAAGCAAGCUGACAUUCAAAGCGACACGCAGAGCAAAUCGAUAGACUCGGGCCUGAACAAUAGCGAGUCCAAUUGGAAAAUCGGCAGUGAGAGGUUCCUGUUCGCCAAGCCUCGAUCCAGGGCAGCCAGCGAGACGGGUUACACGACGAGGAACAACUCCGUCAAUCAGAACACCGAAUGGACGUGGUCCGGCCCGGUGACUUCGCACACCAAGGAGAUGAUGACGAACGACACGGUUUCGUCCUCGAAGGAGAACAGCGGUAAGCCGUACAGGAAGUUCCCGUCGCUCGCUCUGCCGAUCACCGCGCCCAAGAACUUCUUCCCCAAAUGGCGAAAGCAGUUCACGAGCAAGAGGACGUCGGACGUCGGUUCCGAGAAAACGGUCGAGAUGACGAACGGCAGCGAGAGAAGCUAUCAGCGGGCCAAUUCGAUCAGUCCGAUCGAUCCACCGCCCGCGUACCUGGACGAAACGAAGGACGACUCGAGGGCGUACUACACGCACACAGGCGGCAAUUUGUCGAGCUAUCUGGAGGGUAACAAUCUGCUGGAGGAAACGAGCCUGGCGGACUUCCUUCGAGCGCUGACCGCGCUUCACACGCGGGUAGGAACCGUCCCGGACGAAUACGUCGCGAAACCGAAGCGUAAAAUGGGAACGGCCUGUCUGACUCCGCCGAAGCUGCCCAGUCUCUUCACCCUCUUCUCGCAGAACGCGACCGGUUCGGAGUCGGCGGCUCAGAGCCUGCAGAACACUGUUUCGGAUCAGUCGCAGUCGUAUCAAUCGAGCAGAAGAAUGUCUCUUAGAGCGGCUGACAAUAAUUAUUCCGGCACCACCACCCCUACGUCGUAUAUCAGGAGGGAGAGUGUCGCUGUAAAGCCCAGACGAUUCUCUCUCAGACCGGUCGUAAGCACAAUGAAUCCUCUCGCACCGCCUAAUUACGGAUCACCGCGACUAUCGCUGCGAGUCUCCCGGAGGACGGACGAUCGAAACCGCCAGGAGCCUUACGUCUCGAUGGAGCCCUACAUUUCCACGUCGCCGAAGGAACCGCUUGUGAACAUGGAGGGACCACCGGGAAUAUCGUCGCCGAUCAAGCAGUCAACCGGCGGUCGACGUUUUUCCAUAAGACCCGUUCAACUUAGCGGUCAAUCGAGUCCGGCUAGCACCAAGUCCACGCCGACGCCGUUGCACACGCCGAAGCCACUGCCGAAGUGGAAGGCGGGGAUGCUGCAGCGGCAGAUCAGUCAAAUGCAUUUGCGUCGUCGCGCCCGGGCGUUCAGCCUCGGCGACGUUCAUUCCGACAGGCGCGAAAAGAGCACCGCCGCUCCUCUCAGUCCCCUCGCCAUGGACAACUCCAAGAAAUCCGUCGACGUCGGUAGAACGAGCGGCUCAAACCAGAAAACGGUGACCAUCAUGUCGCCGAAAGAGGAGAGGAGGAUGACUCAGGACAAGCAUCAGGAGCAUUCCGCGAUGGGAGACGCAGCUUCAAAUACUCACAAACCAUCGUCUUCCGCAUUCGAACAGAAAUUGAUAGACUUCAACGACGCGUUGAGUAAGAUAGUUCAAAGCGGAAUGCAGGAGACGAAUGUGGACGUGAAGGAACAUCCGCUUAAAACGGAGAAGCGCGACACACAUGUAUGCGUGAUUGACAAUUUGUACGAGGCGCAAACGGCAAAGCCUUCUUCUUCAACGAGCAGCGGCAGUUCCUUUGAAUCGGAAAAAGAGAAGCCCAGUGUGCCGAUAGACUUUUACAAGCCGCAGCUGCAAGUGACAAUUGAGAAGCCGGCGAUCAAUCCUUUCGAGCAAUACAGAGCUAUGACGAGAUCUAAUCGAAAAGACGACGUAGACUUGGAGGAAGUAAGAGUUGACAAGCUUCGCGAGAAGAAAGAUUAAUGCUCAGACUGCUCAGUGCAAAACACUCGAAAAUUAGAGAAAAGUAAUUUGGAUCUAAUUUUUGGCGAUUUACAUGGUAUCAUUACUUUUCUAGCACGCGAAAUUUUGCAUUUUUUCGACAUUGAAUUCAAAUCUGCGGUUAAAACUUCGGAAUUCUGAAUUUUCAGCACACGCGGUAGAAAUUCGAGCGAUAGACUUUUUAUGAAAUCUUUUCAAUUUAAAAAAUUUUUAUUUAAAAAAUGAAGAUAUAAGUAAUUUAAUAAGAAUA